GGUAUUUUGCUCGAACCGUUUUCUGGCAGAGCCGGUCGUCAUGGAGGCCGAGCUACCGGCAGGUCUGCCUUCAGCGGCUACAGGCCUCGAUCAACCGAACCUUGGAACUCAGGUUAUACCCGUCCCUAUCACAGACAACUGUUCACCAACAGAGGAUCGAUCAGAUGACGUGGCUCUACUUCUCUCCGUGGUCGCUCUGCUCAAGGUAA